CCGAUCGUAGCGGGUGAAUCUGAAAUUGUGCUUCUCAAUUUUACGAUUUUUUUAUUUAUUUUGUUUACCCGAUAAUAAUAUUACAUCUGUGUUAUUUGGUUAUACUGAGUUAUAAUUCGAUAUAAUGAAUGUGUUUUAAGUGUUGCAAUAUAUAAUUCGUCUAAUUUGGUGAUGCCGACAAUAGGUUCGCUCCGAAUGGAUCGAUAUCGUUGACUUUCUGUUUGAUUCUUUAUUAAUCAGAAAAGCUUGUGUGUAAAGAUGGAAAAGUCAGCACGGCCACGGACGGCUCUUAAUGAGUGUGUCAAGGUGGUAGUGCGCUGCAGGCCAUUGUCGGAAAAAGAAAAGAAGGAAGGCUACGAUGAGGUGAAGAAGGCGAAGGAGCAGAAAUGGUUCGAGCGGCUCUCCACGUCUUCAAAGUCGCCGGCUGACAGUAAGAGUAACGGCCCCUUACAGGUGGUGAAAGUUUGGCCAGAUCGAGGGGCGAUCCAGGUGUACAAUCCCAAGGGCCAGGACAAGCUGUUCACAUACGAUGCCGCCUACGACUGCACAGCUGACACACAGACUAUCUACGAUGAAAUGGUCCGUCCGCUGGUCGCUUCCGUCCUGGACGGGUUCAAUGGAUGUGUGUUUGCCUACGGGCAAACCGGCACAGGCAAAACCCACACUAUGGAGGGUUCCAAUGAGCACGAGGGAAUCAUACCACGUGCCUUCCGCCACAUAUGGGCCCACAUAGAGAACAACGCCUCGCCGGACGUCACCCACCUGGUUUCCUGCUCCUACGUGGAGCUGUACUUAGAAGAUGUAAGGGAUCUCCUCUCCAAAGACUGCAAAAAACUUACCAUUAGAGGACAGGAAUUAAACGGGUUCUAUAUACCGGAGAUGACGUCUGUAGUCUGUAAAUCCGCUGCCGAGAUGGUUCGAGCUAUGCGGGCAGGCAACCGCAACAGAGCCUCCGGCAGAACAGACAUGAACGAGCAUUCCUCCAGAAGUCAUGCUGUGUUCCUGGUAACCGUGGAGACAGCCCACCGAGCUACCAAUAGGAUAAGAGUAGGCAAACUGAACCUAGUGGACUUGGCGGGCAGCGAGAGGCAGCGCAAAACUGGCGCGUCGGCGGACCGGCUGCGGGAAGCGUCGCGCAUCAACCAGGCUCUCUCGUCUCUGGGCAACGUCAUCUCGGCGCUGGCGGAGAACAGCCCCCAUGUUCCGUACAGAGAUUCAAAGCUUACGCGGAUCCUUCAGGAUUCUCUCGGUGGUAACAGCAAGACGAUAAUGAUUGCUAACAUCGGCCCAGCUUCAUACAACUACGAUGAAACUAUAACGACCCUUAGAUACGCCCAUCGAGCUAAGGCAAUUAAGAACAAGCCGGUGCGGAACGAAGACCCGAAGGAUGCGAAACUUCGGGAAUACCAGGCGGAGAUCGAGCGACUGCGGACCCUCAUCGAGCGACGCAAGGCGGUCGAGCGCAAGAAACGCACGCCCAAGCCCGCUAAAGCGCCGCGAUCCGCCUCCAACGAGGAGGAAACGGAGAGCAUCGAAAAUGAACAUUUACUAGCGGAAUCUACCAUAGAACAAGAGAAAACUAAAACAGAGGAACUCGAGACUCAGAUCAAGGCUCUAGAAGAGAGAUUAGUUCAAGGAGGCGGAGGCAAAGAUCUAAUUAAUAACCUCAACGAAAGCCAAAUAAUUCUAGAACAAAGAAAUCACGAAAUCGCCGAAAGAAAAAAGAGGGAAGUGGAAAUGCAACAGAAGAUAGAUUUAGAGGAGGAAACGACUGCUAUAGUAACUAAUACCUUCACUACACUUCAACAAGAAGUUGAUCAUAAAACGCAGAGAUUAAAAAAGUGCCUGGCGAAGUACGCGUGCCUCCGCGAGGAGAUGGUGGAGCAGCGCGAGGCGCACGACGCGGAGCGGCGCGAGCACGAGGCGCUGCAGGCGGCGCUACUGGCGGAGCUGCGCCGCCGCCUGCUGCUCGCCGACGGCUUCGUGCCCGAGGCCGGCCGCGCCACCGUGCUCCGCUUGCGGUACAACGACGACAGCGACACCUGGGAGCUGCCUGAGCACAGUGGCGCCGAGGUCCUCCGCACGCGGCCUGUAGCAAGCGGCGCGCGACGGCCCAUGUGUACGCUUGCGUUAGAGGCGACGUCGGGUCGGCGGCGCUGCGACAACGUGCUCGCGCUGCGGCCCGCGCCGCUCCCGCCCACCGUCGCCCGCUACCCGCCCCCCGCGCCGCCCGCACCGAGAACGCAGCCGCAGCCCGUAGAGGUGGUACCCAAGAAGGAGGCGAUAUUGGAGCGCGGACGUAGUGCGCGGCCCCGCCCACCGUCCGCGCACCCGCGACUCGGCACCGCUGGCGUGCGGUAGAGCGGACGAACAGUCUCAGUACUUAGAUGGGUACGGCGAAAUCAACACCUUUAGCAGAUUUCAGAUUGGUUUUGAUCCGGUCAGAAAUUGGCAGGUGCAAAAAUGACAGCUUUCAAAAACUAUUAGACACAUGGCGUACUCGAUACUGUACGCUAGGGGCUAGGGCCUAGGUGGAGCUCGAAAAUGUUUAAAAUGAACGUGGCGAAGAAAGGAACUAACGCUGCCAUCAUACAAAAACUC